AUGGAUCCUUUGGCGAUCCUGGGCGCCUGUUUGGCAUGUCUGGGCAUGCUCUCUAGUGGCAUAAGGGACAUUGCGAAUGCUGCCGACGCGUACUUGAACUACGAGAACCAAUGCUUGGAUUAUGCUCGUAGGUAUGCACUAUGUCAAGCAAGUUUGAGAGAAUGGGACAUGAAGUGGUCGAAGAAUCUCCCGAUCGACCAAGCUACUGGUGCUAAAGUCGUGCCAGGGCUUCAGGAUAUCAGAGCUCUAACAAGCGAAAUCCAACGCCGAUUGGAGGAAGCCGAAAAAGAAGCUGCGGAAGGACAGAAUCCCUCUGUCGCAAAUAGCAACCGCGGAAUGGGAAGACUUCGGGGAGUGAUAAGACCAAUGCAAGAAAGAUGGGCCAAGUGGCGGAAAGGUGGAAGCAGCACUAUCACCAAACGUGCAAUGCAUUCUCUAUUCAAAAAGGGACUUAUGGAGAGUUGGCUCACAAGACUUGAAAAGGCUAUUGAGGAUAUAGAGAAGAGUUCGGAAAUGACAUUGCGAGCACGUACAGGCGCGAACUGGGCCGAAGGCUCAGCCUAUAUACGAAACAAGGAAGCAACGGAAGCGGAACAUUUCAUGUCAACGCUUACGCAGUCGGUCGAAAGCUUACGUCAGGAAUGUAUCGCAGGGCCUUGCACGGGAGAUUGGGUAUUGGGACUUCGCCCUCCGGAGCAUCUUGAAAGCGUCGCUGUAUGGGAAUUCUUGGUGGAUAUCAAUCUCGAAUUACGUUUCCGUCAUGAGACAACACCGGCUCGAGAUAUAUGGGAACUCAAGACAUGCUACAAGAAGGACAACGAGGAAACUCAUGACUUUCGUGGCAAAAUCAGGCCAAUGCUUCCAACAACAAACCGAACAAACAUUCCUGGACAUAGUAAUCUCACAAACACCACUUGCACCAGACAGGAUACAUCAAUAGGAAGAGCAGGUUCGAUUGGCAGUCUACUAAUAGAACAACCCCAUUACUUUACUACUCAGAGCUGGAAAGCAGGUGUCACAGACCAUGUCCGUGGUAUAGUCAACUGGGCUCUUCUCCUGUGGGAAACGAAAUGGUUCGAGAGUUUAUGCUGCUUUGGUCUGCACAUGGAAAGCAGCCAGAAAACAAACCAUUGUAUGAUGCUUGUAGGAGAGUGUACACCGGGACAAACUCACGAACACGUCGCGCAACGGCUGCAGAAUCUAGGCAUCACUAUCGCCCAAAUCAUCCUCGCAAGGCCAUUACGAUUGACCAAUCAUGACACUGGCACGAGAUUUGAACAGCGAGACGAGAGCGGGACUUGGAAAGAGGUUCAACCGAAACGAUUGGCAAGUGAUAUCUUAUCAGCAUCCAAGUCGAUUGUUCUGGCAAGAGCCAUCGAGUUUUGUUUGACCGACUCACGUUUCGAGAUAAAUGGAUUCCAAAAAGCGUAUCUUAUGGAGCACAUCAAACAUAUAUACGAUCCAGUGAUGGCAUGGCACGAGUUCGUGAGGCAGGUACGAGAGGAAUAUAGAGGGCAACAGGGGAGAGAAGUUGUGCAUCCACCGCCCCAGUUUGACAUCGACCGGACCGAGACAAACACAAGACGUCGUUUAACAAUGUAA